GACCUCUACUGCAGUUGAAAAAUACUUGGGAGCGGAGACUGGAACCAUUGAAUCCUGACCCAUAUAACCCCCAUCUCUGCGAUGAAACGGUGACGAUUUGAAUGAAAAAAAAAAAACCUUCAUUUUUGUUUUUUGCAUUACCAUCGCAAGAAGGGCUUAUGUGCUCCUCGCGGCUCGGGGUGCUCAGUGUUGUCGGGGAAGAGUCCUUUACAGCUGCACUGCAUCAACAUGGGUGUGAUCGGUGUGCAGCUGGUGGUUACCAUGGUGAUGGCCAGUGUAAUUCAGAAAAUCAUACCUCAUUAUUCCUUCGCAAGAUGGCUACUGUGCAGUGGCAGUUUGCGCUGGUAUCAGCACCCUACGGAAGAUGAGUUGAGGAGCUUAGCAGGGAAACAAAAAGGACAGAAGAGGAAAGACAGGAAGUACAACGGUCACAUAGACAAUAAGCCUCUAACGGUUCCAAAGGACAUAGACUUACAGCUGGAGACAAAAUGCAUCACAGAAGUCGACACAUUAGCCUUGCACUACUUCCCAGAGUUCCAGUGGCUGGUGGAUUUCACAGUCGCCGCAACUCUGGUCUAUCUGAUAACCGAACUGUACUACAGUGUGGCUCAGCCCUCAGGAGAGAUGAACAUCAGUGUGGUCUGGUGCCUGCUGGUACUCGCUUUUGUCAUCAAGACUCUUUUCUCUCUCACGGCGCACUACUUCAAGCUGGAGGAAGGAGGAGAGCGCUCACUCUGCAUCACUUUUGCUUUCUUCUUUUUCGUCAAAGCCAUGGCCAUUCUCAUCGUCACUGAGAACUACCUGGAGUUUGGUCUGGAGACAGGUUUUUCAAACUUCUCCGACAGUGCUCUACAGUUUCUGCAGCACCAGGGCUUAGAGUCCCAGGGUCCCAUAUCUAAACUAACCUUCAAGCUGAUCCUCGCUCUUCUCUGCUCCCUGAUUGGAGCGUUUCUCACUUUCCCUGGUCUACGAUUGGCCCAGAUGCACCUGGACGCACUCAAUCUGACCACAGCCAAAUUUACACAGACUCUCCUCCAUAUCAACUUCCUGUCCCCUCUUAUCAUGGUCCUGCUGUGGGUGAAGCCCAUUACCAAGGACUACAUCAUGAACCCCACUCUGGAUAAGGAGAGUGUGCCUUUGAUGACUGAGGAGACGUUUGACACGCUGCGGUUAUGGGCCAUCAUACUGAUGUGUGUUCUCCGGCUCGCUAUGAUGAGACAUCAUUUGCAGGCCUACCUCAACCUGGCCCAGAAGGGCGUGGACCAGAUGAAGAAGGAGGCGGGACGGAUAAGCACUGUCGACCUGCAGAAGAUGGUCGCACGGGUUUUUUACUACUUGUGUGUAAUCGCACUACAGUAUGUUGCACCACUGGUGAUGCUGCUACAUACCACUUUGCUGCUAAAAACAUUAGGGGGACAUUCCUGGUGGGUCUAUCCUGAAGAUGACCUGCCUUGCGUCUAUGAAUUGAACUCUGACUCUGUGAUAGGGGCGCCACCAAUAGCUGCCCCAACACCAGCUCCAGGUAUAGAAACAGGAGCCCGGGGGUCAGUGGCCCAGCUGUCAGUGGACCUGGGGGGCCUGCGGACUGUCUUCAGCCCCUUGCUUUUCCGGGGCCUCUUCUCUUUCUUCUCUUGGUGGAUCGCCGCCUGUCUCUUCUCCACCUCCCUCUUUGGCCUCUUCUACCAUCAGUAUCUCAUGGCGGCAUAGCAUCAGAAGCCCAGCAGAGGCGGCCAUGCACCCAUGUGUUCAGCAUGGGCCGUGUGUUCGGCCCGAUCAGAAAAGACUGAGUUGGGGCAACGGAGGCCUGUUGAUGACUCUGCUCCUUCCCUCCUCCUUUUCUCCCUCCCUCCCUCUGACACCCUCACCAUGACUGACCAUAUCAUCAGAGCUUCUGGUUCAACUUUCUGUGCUUCCUCACAGGAUGACUCUGUGAUCUUGUGUUAUUUUGUUUUUUAGUACUAUGACCAAUACCUUUUUUUUUUUUUAUUUGAAGAGCAAGAUUCAUAACCCUGAAAACUGAAGCUUGAGUAGGAAGAAUAUUAACCAACGGUUCCAUUGGUGUAUCGGUAUUGUUCUAAGAAAGUGGUCCACUGUAGUGAAUGAAUUCUAACGAUUGGAGGCAGAAUACGGUGUCUUAGCUUGUGAUUACAAUUGAUUUAACACAUCAGUUUUUAAAGCAGUCACUUUGGAGAAUAAUUAAUGGUCUCUUGAUGAAAUUGUUUUGAUCCAUCAACAUGUUCAUAUACAUGAUUUACUUUACUGUAGGCAGCCCGAAUGAAGAAGAAGGGGUCGAUAAGUCUGUUUACUUCCUAUUUAAAUUAUCUCUGUGGUACUGAAAACUACUAUUGGAUGUGAUUUUGAGACCAAAAAAGACUUAUUCAAGAAAAACACUUUUGGAGUAACUUUGCAUAAAAGCAUACAAUCCGUUAAUUGAUUGGUUCUUAGGUUUAGGGCCUGGAGAGCCUUUAUUUUGUAUCUGUAGUGAAUUUUAGGUGAUGGAAAAUCAUGAAACUUGGGAAGGUCGUGGAGGCUAAUGUGUGACUUGAUUUUCUUUUUUAUCAAAUCGAUACAAAUAUGUUUCAGAAAAGUUCUCGUUUCACUUCAAUGUCUAAAUUCCAUUUCCACAGACCACAGAAGGAUCAUAGAGAGUCUUAAAAUGUUGCUGCGAGAACCACUGUGUCUGUCUUUGUACGAGGAGGAGGAGGAGGAGGAGGAGGAGUGGGGCAGCCUGUUGAUGGUUGUGAAGAGCUGUCAGGGUUACAGAAUGAAUAACUGAAGAAGAGGAAGGAGAGGAGAUGCUAUAUCUAUAAGAAGAAAUACUAUUGACUUGAAGCUGAUGUAUUUAAAUAUUGUUGAUGGAACAUGCCGUCAAGGACAACUAUCGGGUUUUUUUUAAAUGGAAGGCUAUACAACAGAUUUGUGAUGUUUUCUUGACAUUUGAACCUCCCUGUUGUUAUCUGAGCCAUUUUAGAAGUUAUGAGAGGAUUUCAAGCUCUUUAUUUUUGAGCAGCAGGGAUGAUUUAAAGGGAGGAUAGCACAUGUCUGUCUGUCUGCAUGUAUAGGGUCUCUGCUGUACGUCAGCUGUACUCUGAAAGGGCAUUGUGAUCAAGAGGAGACGAUGUCAACCACUGUUGAAGAGCUACCGCCUUUGUGUUCUCCUUUUCUUAACACAUCUGUUGUUUUAAACUCAUUUAAGAACCUUUUUUUUCUACUUUUUUUUUUCAAAAGGAUCAAAUUUUGAAUUUUUAAAAAUUCAGAUUUUUAAAACGGUGCCAAUUGAGUCUGUUCCCCUGUCCUAAUGUCUGUAGAUGUGGUGUCUGCUCGUGUUUGAAACUACAACUGGACAACAACUCUGCGGCCUUCUGUUUUCUGUACAUCCAUCUUGAUAAAAGAGGAUCGCUGUUCACAACAGCACAUAAUGAUAUUUACAGCGUCUUUGUGUACUGUGAUUCUUUCGGUUAACGCGCGCACAAAAGUUAUCCUUGUGCUUACUGAACAGGUGGCCAAUAUGAUGUCUGGUCUUUUCAGGAAUGUAAGGUACAUGAUGCCAGCUUUUAUUACACAAUCUGGAGGUCUUUCUGGCAAUUCAUCUGAUCAUCAAACUUGUCAUUUUUGAAUUUCAACUCUAUGAGUUUUAUACAGACACAUUUUUACAAACUCAAGCAGCACCAUAUCACAUUUUUUUUUUAGCUCCAGGUGUUGAAAGUCUUAGCUUCAGUUUUGUCUAAUAACGGGGAAUAUGCACAUAAUGAAUGUAUCAGUCCUGCCUAAUUUAGAUCGUUUUCAUGAAAAUGAUUUGUACGAGUUGAUUUAACCCCCUUUUUCCUGACUGCACUCAUUUCUCGUCUACUACCAUCUUACCUUUCAUUCAAAAUCUUAUGUCCUAAUGACUUUUUUUUUUUUUUAUUGAUGAUCUUUGUUUUUGUAUUUAUUACACAUGUCGAGGCCUGUAAACAUUUCUAAUUUUAACAGCAAACACUUUAUUUUGUUAUGGGAGUGCAUGGUGGCUGAAAAUCAGUUUUGAAAAUGUGUUUGACAAAUCAGUUGCAGAUCAACCUUUUUAUUUGUUAUGGUCUGGUCCGUUCAGAAGUAGCUGGGAUACUUUCAGAAAUCUGCUGCCCGAUGAGGCUUUGUUUCUUCUGUUUGUUGCCACUAAAAGUGUUGUGGUUUUUUUUUUUUUCAUAGUUGGGUUCACUAAAGUAAAUUCAUAUGUUGUUCUCUCAUGUAUUUAUUUCAGCUUUAGAUUUUGUCUUAAAUAAAUAAUGUUCUUUACUACA